AUGCCACGAAGCCGUAGAGCCAGAAGAUGUAAGGCCUUAGAGCCAACGCCUCGAUUCUCCAUCCUCGCCUUCCUCCGCGACGCACGUCAACCAAACACAAAACCACCACCUUCAUACCACACCAUCAAUAAAUCAUGCGACACACAACUGUCCUUAGAUGACGAAUGCAGGCCUCUUCUUCUCCACGACGAGGAAAAUGAUCUCGGAUUCUGGGGCGAACCGUGCUUCCCUCCAGACGAUGAUAGUUCUGUCUGGUCUGUUCAUGAUGUUCUCGGUGCUGUCAUAUGGGGUGCCGGAACAAUGAUAGGAAAUAGCAUUGGGGAGUGGUAUGUCACCGGCGUGAGCGCGGCCAAGGUAGAAUUGCAGCCGAAACACAUGGCCCACUUUUGCCUCCAGAAUCAGAACCGCGAUGCGCCUAGUCCAAGGACAUGGCGCUACAUCCCGGUGCAUUGGAUUGAUGACUGUCGUGCAGAGGUGCUUUCACUGGAGGUCGCACCUGAAGAAGAGUGGAAGCUCAUGUACAGCGAUGAAGUCUUGAUUGAUUUUGAUCAUGACAUUGAUAGAAUGUUGGUUGGCGCAGGCGAUGAUGCGAAUGAUAGUGUACGAGAUAGACUCUCUUAA